AUGCAGAUAGAACUCAUCAUUUUGUUCACGAAUCGUGACCGGGGGGUUGAUUUAAAUCUGAAUAUUGAAAUUAGUGGCGACGAUGAUUUGCUAACAAUUCAACAGAAAGUUAUUGAACUUUACUUACCACAUGAGAUUCCUGUUGAUUUUACGUCGGACAACUAUCUCUUGCAAUGGUUUUCAGAAAAACAUAAUACAUUUCUUACGUUGGAUGAAGGCUCGUUGGUUAAUUGUAAGAAGGAAAAUUUCCACGCCUCAUUUUCUAAUUCAUCGAGUGUGGAUGCUAGAAAAAAUAAGUUACUAAAUAAAUUACUACUUAAAAAGGCACAAUCAAUGAAAAAUGUUGACCGUGGCCAUUUUUCUCCAACUAAAAACGUGACAAAUCCAUCUGUUGGUACAAUUCGUGCGGCAUCAUUGACGUACAAUGAUGCCGAUCCAACUUACGGUCAACGAAAUAGGUUUCUAUCAGGGAGUCUUGAUGUAAAAAUAAAAUUGAAGCUUGUCAACGAAAUACAUAAACCAGAACGAAAAUGUCAGCGACUAAAAAUUGUUUAUGAUUGCGUUAAAGAAGAAUUGCAUCAACUACCAGAUGAAAAUCAACAAUUACCGCAUGAUCUCAAUAUUGAUCUAACACGAGCCCAUUUAUUAUGUGCUCUGCAAUGCGUUGACACUGUCUGUACUAUUGGCAUAUCGAAAAUGAUGGUUGAUAGUAAGUACCAGUUUGGAAAGCUUGAGUAA